AUGGGCGCCGAUAUACAGCCUAGCGUAGCAAUUACGCGCCUACAGCAAACACAACGACAUCUCUUCCCCGAUCACACCCAGAAUAAAAAAUCCAUAGUGCAUGGCCCUACAACACCCGAACUAUGGGAAAUCACACUAGCCGAACUCUUAGAACUCCAAUGCCUGGAACACGCUGACCGGGAGUGCCUAGUCGUUCCCUGGACGAAUACAAGGUGGACGUAUAGACAACUCCAAGCCGAAACCGAGCGAUUGGCACGGGGACUCCUAGCAAAUGGAAUCCAGCAUGGCGAUCGAAUCGGCGUCAUGGCGGGGAACUGCGAGCAAUAUGUUUCACUAUUCUUUGCGGCUGCGACUGUUGGAGCGAUUUUGGUGGUUAUCAAUAAUACGUAUACGAAGGCGGAGUUGAUGUAUGCUUUGGAACAUACGGCAUGCAAGAUGUUGUUCAUAUCACCUACAAUUGGUCGCCAUUCUUUGAAAGAUGCGAUUAAUUAUCUCGAGGGACGUGAUCGAGCCCAAUCUCUCCCCGAUUUGAGAGAUAUUGUCAUUGUCCGUGGUGAAUAUCAGAAUUUGAAGACAUAUGAGGAUGUCGUCCAGGAAGGACAAAGUGUUCCGCGAAAUGUAGCAUACCGUCACGCCAACAUCGUUAGUCCAUACGAUGUAGUUAAUCUCCAGUUCACGAGUGGAUCGACAGGAAAUCCAAAGGCAUCCAUGCUGACUCACCACAACCUAAUCAACAACUCUCGCUUCAUCGGUGAUCGCAUGGAUCUAACCUCCUCCGAUGUCCUCUGCUGCCCGCCCCCUCUCUUCCACUGCUUCGGCCUCGUCCUCGGCCUCCUCGCCUGUAUCACACACGGCGCCAAAAUUGUCUACCCAAACGAAACAUUCGACCCUGUCGCUGUGCUCGAGGCGAUAUCAACGGAACAAUGCACCGCCGUCCACGGCGUGCCCACCAUGUUUGAAUCCAUACUCUCGUUACCUAAACCCGCAAAUUUCGACUGCUCUCGCCUCCGCACAGGAAUCAUCGCUGGAGCACCAGUCCCGUACUCUCUUAUGCAGAGGUUAGUCGCAGAACUGAACAUGACCGAAUUUACAAGCAGCUACGGUCUAACUGAGGCAUCACCCACAUGCUUCAACGCGUUUACGCACGACACGAUCAAUCGCCGCUUGACCACCGUCGGCAAAGUAAUGCCACACGCAAGUGCAAAGAUCAUUGAUCCUAAAACUGGCCAAACAGUUCCCAUUGGCCAGCGCGGAGAAUUGUGCAUGAGUGGGUAUCAAAUCCAUAGCGGGUACUGGCAGAAUCCGCAAAAGACAGCGGAUACGUUGCUGCGAGAUGAAGAUGGGAAAGUAUGGUUGAGGACAGGCGAUGAAGCCGUCUUUGAUACGGAGGGUUACUGCACGAUUACGGGAAGGUUCAAGGAUAUUAUCAUUCGCGGAGGGGAAAAUAUAUAUCCGCUUGAGAUUGAAGAGAGACUCAGUCGUCAUCCAGCCGUUUCGCGCGCUACGGUGAUUGGGGUGCCAGAUAGUCAUUAUGGGGAGGUUGUUGGGACAUUUAUUGAGUUUAAGGCCGAUGUGAAAGACUUGCCGUCGGCAGAGGAUUUGAGGGAUUGGACGAGAGAGACACUCGGAAGACACAAAGCGCCAAAGUAUUUAUUUGUAUGCGGAUCGCAUGAGGCGCUGCCCGCAUCCAUUCCUCAGACUGGGAGUGGCAAAGUUCAAAAGCAGGUUCUUCGUGAGUUGGCAUACAAGUUAAUACAGCAGGGCGAGACAGGGGUUAUGCUUGCAUAA